AUGCCUUCAACUCUUGAAGUCUGCAUAGCGUUGACAGCUCUUUGGUCGACAGCCGCCUCGCGGUAUACAACUCAUGGUUCUGAUUUCCAACCUGAUCACAUACUCCGAGUGUCUGAGCAAGUUUUCCCUGUAGCUUGUGUGACCCGGCCCAGCACGUUAGUCAAUGGAACCUCACCAGGCCCAGCCAUCUACUUGAGAGAAGACCAACCCACUUGGGUGAGAGUAUGCAAUGAUCUGGAAUCGAAGAAUACUACCAUGCACUGGCAUGGUCUAAGUCAGUCCAUUGCUCCAUUCUCCGAUGGUUCGCCUCAGGCAAGCCAAUGGCCCAUCAAGCCGGGAGAAUAUUUCGACUAUGAAAUCUGGCCGAAAAUCGGCGAGGCUGGCACUCAUUUCUACCAUUCCCAUGUCGGAUUCCAAGCAGUAUCUGCAACAGGACCUCUAAUUGUCGAAGAAAAGCACGGCAAAUUGCCACCUUUUACGUACGAUGAAGAACGCAUCAUGACUGGCGACCCCUCGACAAUACUUAUGAAUGGGAAUAGUUUCCCUGGUAUGAGUGCGAAUGAGACAGAUACACCUGAGCCGUGGGUCAUGCCAGAUCCAUCCCUCGUGUCAAGCUGUGGCCCUGAAGCGAUUCAGGUUGAUCCCGACAAAACAUAUCGGAUGCGAAUCAUUGGUGGACCAGCUCUGAACCUCGUGACUUUGGGGUUCGAAGACCACCAAGAGCUUUCUGUCAUGGCUGCAGAUGGGAAAUACACCAAGCUGGCGAAAACGGAACACAUCCAGAUUGCUUCCGGCCAACGUUUCGAUUUCCUUCUCCGCACGAAGACAGAGGAUGAGCUACGACAUCUUGGAAAAAGUGCAUUUUGGAUCCAGAUGGAGUCACGCUAUCGACCUAUGAACGUCUCUUCUUACGCGCUGCUCGCGUACAACACCACCAGUGAUAUUGCCUUCAACCAGACUACAGAUUUGGUGCCUCCCGAGAAACAGCCCCUGACCCUCCCGAACAAGGUCUACGACUGGCUAGAGUAUGUUCUUGAGCCUUUGGAACCCAACGGGUUCCCAACCGCUGAUAAGGUAGACCGGACGGUGACCCUGACAUCGCUCCAGCUGAUCGCGAAGGAGGGCGUGUAUGCGGCUGUAUCAAACCACACUUGGACCGAGACCAAUCAACACAGGGGAAACACUCCAUUCUGGAAACAGGAGCACCAGGGAGGGACCCCAUAUCUGGUUGACAUCUUCAGGCGCGGGGACAAAGCAAUACCAGAUUACGAGACCACGGUGCAGAAGAAUGGGGGUUGGGAUCCCAACCUCAACGUGUACGUAGCCAAGGUUGGUGAAGUCAUCGAUAUUGUCAUGGUCAACCAGCCAAAUGGUCUGGUCAUCGGCUUCGACCUUCAUCCAUGGCAUAUUCAUGGCGGCCACAUCUAUGAUCUUGGCAGCGGGCCUGGGACGUACAAUGCGACAGCUAACGAGGAGAAGUUGAAGGGUUACAACCCGGUGAUAAGAGAUACGACCAUGCUUUACAAAUACACCCCGGGUCAGUAUUUGGGCGAGAAUAAGAAUUUUACUGACCAAGGAUGGCGGGCUUGGCGAUUACAUGUUCAGGAUCCUGGGGUGUGGAUGGUACACUGCCACACACUUCAGCAUAUGAUCAUGGGAAUGCAGACUGUGUGGAUGAUGGGGAACGCAUCAGAGAUCACACGUGGAGUAUCGCCGGGCUCUGUGGAAGGCUAUCUAAAUUACGGAGGUGAUGCAUAUGGCAAUGCUAGCUACGAUCCCUACGUGCAACAUCAUUUCGAAGACAGGUUGCAACAGAUCAUCCGAUAA